UUUUGCACGCCUUUUUAUCUCAUAGGUACGAUGUGCAGUUCGCCUACGGACACAAUCCGGGGAAGUACUUGGCACGGGGACCUUUAGUGAUAUCUUCAAUGCUGGAAUUGAGACGGACCAGAGUGAUUACACGGUGGAUGAAGGUAAAGCUGUCGAUAUCAAAGUAAGACUCACAGUUCCCCUCGGAUGUUACUACCCCGAUGAUGCCCCGAUAGAAGCCAUCAAUUUAUUUAAGGAGGAAGAAUGUAAAAUGACAUUGAAACUUCAAGGAUUAAAGCAGGGUGGAAAUGGCCAAUGUCAAAAUGACCCAAUUGUUCUAGAAGAUAUUAAAUGUGGUUUAACGUUUAAUCACACAUACUGGGACACAGAACAGACCUUAAAAGUAUACGGUGCCCCGGACAACCUUGUCAAUACUGGGAGUAGGACAAUGUUUAUAAAGAUGGCUGCUAGUGAUUUUGUUCAAUAUCACUCUGCUUGGAACUCUGCUUCAAUGCCGAACGUGUUGGUCACAGUGGACGACUUAGAUAAAACUGUUGUUUCUGGUGAAUGUAGGAGUUACAAUGAUCCACAUAUGAAAACAUUUGACGGCAAGCGCUGGGAGAACCAAAGAAUUGGAGAAUUCGUGUUGUACAAACACAACCAACGUCCAUAUUGGGUGCAUGCGCUGUACCAGCCUUGCAGCAUCAGAAACCCAAACGGAGUCACGUGUAAUUGUGGUGUGGCGGUACGAAACAAUAGAGAUCUUUUCGUAGUUAACUUCUGUAGAGCCAGCAUUGGGUGGACCGUGAAUACAGGUACAAAGUCAAACAGAUACAUCGAAAAGUCGUUCUGUGACGACUCUGCAAUGACCAUUCAAAACUACGGAAAUACGUAUACGGUGGUGCUACCGACUGGAACAAAGAUAGUUUUUACAUUCUAUAUCCCAUACGGAAUCAGUUAUAUUAGCGUUAAACCAUCCCUCGCAGACUGGAAAUCUUCGUCCGGACUUUGUGGCUUCAUGGAUGGAAAUCAUGGUAACGACUUUAUCCUUCGGGACGGAUCAACAGCAAGAUCUCUUCGGGAUUUUGCGUUGGACUGGAAGAUUAAUGACGUCAGUCAAUCCUUGUUCCAAAAACAUGUAAACCUGGCCGACUCUGGAGUAAUGUUGCGGCAGUUCUGCACGUGCAGUGACUCCGAUUUUACCAACAACAUCAAAUGCAGCCCUAACAUGGAAGCCAAUCCAUGCAUCACUCAAUCUACAGACGGAUUUUUUAAAACCUGCGACUCCAUCCGAAAAAAGAGAUCAGCUACCAGUGCCCUUCAGCGCUAUAAAAGGGAAGAACCGGAAACAGAUGUCAUUCCAAAAUUUCAAAUUGUUUUUGAAGACGAUAUUGAUGACGAGCCUCAGGCCUUGUCAUGGAGAAAUGGAUGGGACAUAGUAAAAGCAAGACUGGCCUGUAUCGCCUUUCUUACUGCAAGGACAUUUUUGCGGAAAUGCCAAGAAGUGCUGCCAAGCUUAGUAAGCGAUGUCGAUGAAGGAGUGGCAUCAUGUAUAGAGGAUAUACGA